CGACACGUAGUCACCGUAGCUACUAUCUUUGCAUGUGUGUAAACGUUUAGAGUGGCAUCCUCCAGUGCAAGCCGCAAGUCAUCCCACAACCAAUACGCGUUUCGCCGGCUACACGUUUAGAGAGCGCCGCUAUCCAUUCGACAAUUCAGUCCUUCGCCGCACGCCAAGUGGUACAUUUCGCUUCGUACACCACACACACCACAUAGAAUCAAGGCAACAUGAGCAAAAUCAAGGCCGGCCCCGUCGUAGACAUUCUCGGCGAUGAGAUGACCCGCAUUAUCUGGGACUCCAUUAAAGAGAAACUCAUCCUGCCGUUCUUGGACAUCGACUUGCACAUCUACGACUUGGGUAUUGAAAAUCGUGACAAAACCGACGACAAAGUCACUGUUGAAUGCGCCGAAGCAAUCAAAAAGUACAAUGUUGGUAUUAAAUGCGCCACCAUCACCCCCGAUGAAAAGCGUGUGGAAGAAUUCAACUUGAAGUCAAUGUGGAAGUCUCCCAAUGGUACCAUUAGGAAUAUUCUUGGUGGAACCGUCUUCAGGGAACCGAUUCUAUGCAAAAACAUUCCGCGAUUGGUAACGUGCUGGACCAAACCAAUCAUCAUCGGUCGUCAUGCCCACGGUGACCAGUACAAGGCCACUGAUUUCUUGGUACCCGGCAAAGGUAAACUCGAAAUGAUCUUCACCGGUGACGAUGGUACGAAACAGAAUUAUACCGUUCACGAGUACAAGGGUCCUGGUAUUGCUAUGGGCAUGUACAAUACCGAUGAAUCUAUCAUUGACUUUGCGCAUUCAUCAAUGAAAUAUGCUUUGGAACGUGGAUAUCCCUUGUACUUGAGCACCAAGAAUACUAUUCUUAAGAAGUACGACGGGCGUUUCAAGGAUAUCUUCCAGGAUAUUUACGAUAGGGAAUACAAAGCUAAAUUUGAAGCUAAAAACAUCUGGUAUGAACAUCGUCUCAUCGAUGACAUGGUAGCGUACGCCAUGAAAUCCGAAGGUGGAUUUGUCUGGGCCUGUAAGAAUUACGAUGGUGAUGUACAGUCCGAUUCCGUUGCUCAGGGCUAUGGCUCUCUGGGUUUGAUGACAUCUGUGUUGAUUUGUCCUGAUGGUAAGACCGUAGAAGCUGAAGCCGCUCAUGGUACCGUCACACGUCAUUACCGUAUGUACCAAAAGGGACAGGAAACAUCUACCAAUCCAAUUGCGUCUAUCUUUGCAUGGACCCAGGGUCUUCUACAUCGUGCCAAAUUGGAUAAUAACCAGGCUCUUGCUUCAUUCGCUAACAAAUUGGAAGAGGUAUGCGUUGAGACCAUCGAGUCGGGUUUCAUGACCAAGGAUUUAGCCAUUUGUAUCAAGGGUAUGAGCGGUGUUAAGCGCACCGAUUACAUGGAAACCUUCGAGUUUAUGGAUAAACUAGCAGAGAAUUUGAAGAAGAAAUUAUCGGCGUGACUGAAUAGCCGUUUAUAACGCAAACAUAUUUUUGCAUGGUUUUAUUACACACAUUUGUUUUUAAUUGUGGUGAAGGAUGAUAACUCCUUGUUCUUUUGAUAAUAAAAUUAUAAUAAAACAA